UGAACUACGUUUGUCUUAAGGUGGUCAGUAAGAGAAUCAAUUGAUGCGGCGGUCUCAACUCUUACUUAAGGUUACUUCUGGUGAAUGAAAAAACAUCUUAUGCUGCUUAUAUGCUGAUAAUAGAAUGGCGGCUAUGUUUCCUUGAAAAACCAAAAAAAAAAGUGGUACUUAAGAGAUAUUUGUGUCCAAAUAUUAUCUGUUUCUACACAAUAGUACUCCCUAGUUAAUUUCUAAAACAAAAAUGGAGCUAAUUCACUGGUAUUUUCUUCUUGUUCUUCUGUUUGUCUUCAUUUUCUUUCGUCACAAGUGGUUCUUAAUCCCUUCAAACACUGAAAAGAGGUUAUUGUUACCACCAUCUCCAAGAAAGCUUCCAAUCAUUGGAAAUUUGCAUCAACUUGGAUCGCUUCCUCAUCGUUCUUUCCAUAAACUAUCUCAAAAAUAUGGUCCAGUCAUGCUACUUCACUUGGGCAGUAAGCCAGUGCUGGUGGCUUCCUCUGUCGAUGCUGCUCGUGAUAUCAUGAAAACUCAUGAUCUUGUAUGGUCAAACAGACCUAAAUCUAGCAUCGCUGAUGGGCUACUUUAUGGCUCCAAAGAUGUGGCCUAUGCUUCCUAUGGCGAAUACUGGAGACAAAUUAGAAGUGUUGGCGUGCUUCACCUUCUCAGCAACAAAAGAGUCCAAUCUUAUCGUCGUGUUAGAGAAGAAGAAACAUCGAAAAUGGUUGAAAACAUUAGACAAGUGUGUGAUUCUUCGAAUUCAGUGAUAAAUUUGAGAGAAGUUUUAUGUUGUAUGACUAAUAACAUAAUCAGCAGAGUGGCCAUAGGAAGGACAUACGAUGAAGCGGAAAGUGGAAUAGCUCUUAAGGCUCUCCUAGAAGAACUUCUUAUACUCUUAGGUACUUUCAACAUUGGGGAUUAUAUUCCAUGGCUUAAAUGGCUCAAUAAAUUUAAUGGUCUGGACGCAAGAGUGAAGAAAGUAGCUAAAGAUUUGGAUGUAUUUCUAGAGAGCGUGAUUGAAGAACGCAUGAUUACAAACAAGAAAGAAGAAUACAGAGCAGGUGAAGCUAAAGACUUCGUGGAUAUUUUGCUGGAAAUUCAGAAUGGAAAGGAAACUGGCUUUCCUCUUCCAAGAGAUUCAUUGAAAGCUACGCUUUUGGACUCGUUUAUUGCUGGCACAGAUUCAACAUAUACAACUUUGGAGUGGACAAUGACAGAGCUUUUGAGGCAUCCAAGAGUUAUGGCCAAAUUACAUGAUGAAGUGAGACAAUUAGGCCAAGGGAAAGCAGAGAUAACGGAGGAUGACUUAGGAAAUAUGCAGUAUCUGAAAGCAGUGAUCAAAGAGACUCUCAGAUUUCAUUCACCGGCUCCACUUCUAGUUCCUCGAGAAUCCAUGGAAGAUGUAAAAUUACUAGACUAUCACAUACCUGCUAAAACUCAAGUCUUUAUUAAUGCUUGGGCAAUCGGUAGAGACCCGUUAUCAUGGGAUGAUCCAGAGGAGUACCGACCAGAGAGGUUCUUAAAUAGUGAUAUUGAUGUCAAAGGACUAAACUUUGAGUUGAUUCCCUUUGGAGCUGGCAGAAGAGGCUGCCCAGGAAUUGUUUUUGCUAUUAUGGUGAAUGAGCUAGCACUAGCAAACCUUGUGCACAAGUUCAAUUUUGCAUUACCAAAAGGGAUAAAGGGGGAGGAUUUGGACAUGACUGAAUGCAAUGGGCUUGCUGUUCGUAGGAAAUUACCUUUGCUUGCGGUGGCUACUCCAUGGCCUAGUUAGCUACUUGCUAGUUAUUUAAUAGUUUCACGAUAUGAAAUUAGUGUCAUAUCUACUCCCUUUUUGGAUGCUUUGUAUAUCUCUUUUAUGUUGCAGAAUUUCUUGUUUCAACAUGUUUCGCAGAUAUAAUAUAAAAGAUGUGUUACUUCUUGGCCGCUAA